AUGUCUGACAACGCUACCGACGAUUAUUCCUAUGAUUAUGAAUAUCUUUUCAAGAUUGUGUUAAUUGGUGAUUCAGGUGUUGGUAAGUCUAACUUGUUAUCCCGUUUCACCAGAAAUGAAUUUAAUAUAGAAUCUAGAUCGACUAUUGGUGUCGAGUUUGCUACCAGAACCGUGGAAAUUGAUGGCAAAAGGGUUAAGGCCCAAAUUUGGGAUACCGCUGGGCAAGAAAGAUACAGAGCUAUUACCAGUGCUUACUACAGAGGUGCUGUCGGUGCUCUUGUAGUUUACGACAUUUCCAAAUCUGAAAGUUAUGAGAGUGUUAGUAGAUGGUUGAAAGAAUUGAAAGAACAUGCUGAUGCCAACAUCAUCAUUGAAUUGGUGGGUAACAAAUCUGAUUUGGAUCAUCUUAGAGCCGUACCAACUGAUGAGGCUAAACAUUUUGCAGCAGAAAACCAGUUAUUGUUCACUGAGGCAUCCGCUUUGAAUGCUGAAAAUGUUGAUCUUUCAUUCCAUCAAUUAUUGAAGAGUAUUUAUGAGAUGGUCAGUAAACAUCAAUUUGAUAUGAACGAUUACAGUGGCCCAAAGCCAAGUGGUGGCCCAACCAUCAGUUUGACUCCAAACCCACAAGAUAGCAAACCUGCCAAAGCCAACAACUGUUGUUAA